CGCUGCUGGGAAGGCCAUAUCAGCGGUAAGCGUCACCGCUCGCGAAGUAAGCAUAUAGGCGUUCCGAUCAAUGUGCAGCCUGAGGACGCCCAUGUCCUUCCUGGGAAAGCCUACUGCGAGAUAUGCGAUAUUGUCAUCUACAGCAGCCUCUGGCCAGCACACCUUACUGGUCCUGCUCAUAAACGACGAGAAAAGUUUGUUGCUUACAAGUCCGCAUUUGACGAGGCGUCUAAAGAUAGACACGGAGUCGCAAUGUCUCAUGGAGAACUUGGUGUGGACUUCGGCAUUGUUGAACUGCAGGAUGCAAAAGCAGGUGUGCAGGCUGAGCUCAAGAUUCAAAUCACC